CACCACCAUGACAACAGAGAAGAGCCCAGCGGCAGACCCCGAAAACUCAGAGCGGCAGCAGGCGAAGGAGGAGGAAGGGGCUGCCAACACACAGAAGCAGGAGGCGUCCCCAGAGCAGGGGUCGGGGCCCAAGCAGAAGGCAUCCAACGGCAACACACCCACGGCUGAGGAGCAGGGCCGGAAGGAGCGCCGUGCCUCUGAGGGCCGGGGUCUGUCCCGCCUCUUCUCCUCCUUUCUCAGGAGGCCCAAGUCCCAGGUGUCUGAGGAGGACAGAGACACUGAUGUGCCCAAGGAGGGCGGAGGAGACCAGAAGGACUCGGGGGUAGGAGCCAACCCUGACGAGGAGGAGGAGAUCCUGGUGAAGGCCCCGAUUGCGGCUCCCGAACCGGAGCUGAAGACAGAUCCAUCUCUUGACCUCCACUCCUUAAGCAGUGCAGAAACGCAGCCUGCGCAGGAGGAGAGGAGGGAAGAGCAGGAAUCGGACAGCAAAGACCUCGAGGGCAAGGAAGGAGGUGAAGGGAAGGAGGAGAACGCUGAGGCAGAGCUGAAGCCAGAGGCUGCAGAGCCCAAAGCAGACAAGGAUCUGAAAGCUGCCCAGAGAUCCAUAAGAAGACACAGAAACAUGUACUGCAAAGUUGUCUUGCUGGAUGACACCAUAUUUGAGUGUUCUGUGGAUAAACAUGCCAAGGGGCAGGAUCUACUUAAGAAAGUCUGUGACCACCUUAAUCUCCUGGAAGAAGACUAUUUUGGUUUGGCCAUAUGGGACAUGCCAACCUCUAGGACGUGGCUGGAUCCUACCAAAGAAAUAAAAAAACAAGUUCAUGGAGGCCCCUGGGAUUUUACUUUCAAUGUCAAGUUUUAUCCUCCGGAUCCUGCUCAGCUGACAGAGGAUAUAACGAGGUAUUACUUGUGUCUUCAGCUUCGACAAGACAUCAUCUCAGGGCGGCUGCCUUGUUCCUUUGCCACUUUGGCUCUGCUGGGUUCCUACACAGUGCAGUCUGAGCUGGGUGACUACGAUCCUGACCUACACAGCACAGAUUACAUCACUGAAUUCAAACUGGCUCCAAACCAGACCAAAGAGCUUGAAGAGAAGGUUGUGGAACUUCAUAAAACGUACAGAUCCAUGACUCCAGCCCAAGCAGACCUGGAAUUCCUUGAGAAUGCAAAGAAGCUGUCUAUGUAUGGAGUUGACCUUCACCACGCCAAGGACUUGGAAGGGGUGGAUAUCACUCUGGGAGUCUGUUCCAGUGGCCUUCUUGUUUACAAAGAUAAGCUGAGAAUCAACCGCUUCCCUUGGCCCAAAGUCCUGAAGAUUUCCUACAAACGCAGCAGCUUCUUUAUUAAGAUUCGCCCAGGGGAGCAAGAGCAGUAUGAAAGUACAAUUGGAUUCAAGCUACCAAGUUACCGGGCAGCAAAGAAGCUGUGGAAAGUAUGUGUUGAACAUCACACAUUUUUCAGGCUGACUUCCACUGAGGCCAUCCCCAAGAGCAGAUUCCUGGCUCUGGGCUCCAAGUUCCGUUACAGUGGGCGGACGCAGGCGCAGACCAGGCAGGCGAGUGCCAUGAUUGACAGACCUGCACCCCAGUUUGAGCGCACAGCGAGCAAGAGAGCCUCCAGGAGCCUCGAUGGAGCUAAACGUGCGACUCAAAAAGUUGAGUUCAGAGCCGUAGAGGAAGAGAAGCAGGAGGAGGUGGUGGUGGUUGAGGUUCCCGAACCAAAACCCGUGGAUCAGUUCCGAGAGAAGCCAGCCAAGCACGCGCUUGAAAGUUUUGAAAUGAAACCCAUUGCAGAGGAGGAAGAGGAGGAGGAGGAGAAGGUAGAGGUGGCUCAGGUUCCCAUUGCUGAGCCAAAGCUGCCGGACCUGGUGCAGCAGCAGUCAGCCACACAUGCCUCUGGCACUGUUGAGAUAAGCCCAGUAGAAGAAGAGGAGGAGGAGGAAGAAAAAUUGGUGGUGAUGGGAGAGCUAAAGCCAGCCCUGAAGGAGCCAGCUGUGGCAGUGAUAACACCUGAGAGGAGCCCCCGGCCCACCUCUGCUCCUGCCAUCGCCCAGAGCCACGUGGCUGAGGCAGCCCCAGCUAAGCCUGAUGCCAAGGAAGCCCUCGCUGCAUCAAAAGUAGAAAAGGAAGCACUGAAAGCUGAGGCGAAGCGUGAGGAGGUCCUCCCAGAGAGAGCCAAAGCAGAGCAAGCUGAGGCAUCUAAGAAGAGAUCAAAGAGACUAGAUGGUGAAAACAUUUAUAUCAGGCAUAGCAAUUUAAUGUUGGAGGAUCUAGAUAAGACCCAAGAAGAAAUAAAGAAGCAUCACGCCAACAUCAGCGAGCUGAAGAAGAACUUCAUGGAGUCUGUCCCCGAGCCUCGCCCGAGUGAAUGGGACAAACGUUUGUCCACUCACUCCCCGUUCCGAACGCUCAAUGUCAACGGGCAGAUUCCAUCGGGAGCGGAUGGAGUAAAGAAAGUCACUGUCCUAUCUUCUGAGAGACAGCCACCCCUAGUGAAGACACAGACUGUCACCAUCUCAGACGUGUCCAAUGCUGUCAAAAGUGAAAUUCCAACAAAAGAAGUUCCCAUUGUUCACACGGAGACGAAGACCAUCACCUACGAAGCUGCACAGACAGAUGGUGGCAAUGGAGAUUUGGACCCUGGCAUCCUGCUCACUGCUCAGACCAUCACAUCAGAGACCACCAGCAGCACCACCACCACACAGAUCACCAAGACUGUGAAAGGUGGCAUUUCAGAGACACGGAUUGAGAAGAGGAUUGUCAUCACAGGAGAUGCAGACGUGGACCAUGACCAGGUCCUAGCUCAGGCUAUAAAGGCAGCAAAGGAGCAGCACCCGGACAUGUCGGUGACCAAAGUGGUUGUGCACCAGGAGACUGAGAUUGCAGAGGAGUAGCAGGGCUGAGAAGUGUUCUUUCCAGAUGAUACCAGGAAAUAAAACGGAGCAGAACUACAAAACAACUACCUGGAGCACAGAGACCUCAGAGCUACACGACUUUAUCCUCACAGACUGAACAUUCAUAUCACUUAGCAGGAUUUACGCUUCAGCAUUUUACUUGGGAUUGUCCAGAAUGCACUGGAUCCUAUUGGAUAUAGUUUGUUGGUUGUUUUUUAUAUAUAUAUAUACAUAUAUAUAUAUAUAGUGACAAACAGUAUGCCAUAUUUCUAACUGUACUAAAUAUUUUUACAGGUUUUCAGUUUUGCAUUCCCUCUCACAGCUUCUUCAGAUGCAGGCUCAGACACAACCCGCAGGGCUCUUAGGGUUGCUUGGUGGGUUUUUCUUGGUAGUUUUGUUGUUGUUGCUGUUGUUGUUGUUUUAAAGUCUCAUUCCCUCAGCCUGGCUAGGCAUCAUGGAGGUACAGCCACGUCAGAGCUUAUCCUGACUGCAGGAUUUGUACACACCUUCAGAAAGCAGUGGGUCCUUCUGAGCCACUUGAAAAGGUCAGACUUGAGUCUGUGCAGCAUUUCCAAUUAAUUACCUCUGUUUGUAGCUGUAGGCAGUGUGAGACUCCUGCAAAACACCCAGGCACAGAGCAGGGCUUCUACCUUCACCGUGAGCUGCAAAGAACCAUUCAGGUUGGGAAUCUCAGAUCACCAUCCCAGCCCCCCCAUGCCCACCCAGCCCUCAUCCUUUGGACUUUCCUCACCUUUGGGUGUUGGACCCCCAAUGUCUGAACGCAGGAGGGUGGUGUGGUGUAACACAGGCACACAUCCUCGUGGUUGGCUAGCUUAAGGAAUACUGGAAGUUGCUUCGAGUACCUUAUACUGUGAAUUCCAGAGCUUUGAGAGGACUGUGGCAGAUACUUCCCCUCCUUCCAUGCAUCCCUGCUGAGUGCUCCCUGCCUGGUUGUGUUUUCUAGAUGUCAUUCAAUUGAAAAGCCCUUAGAAGUGUGCAUUUAGUACAUUUGGACUCUGGAUGCUGUUAAGAUGGUCUUAUGCAGCAUUCACAGAACUGAUUUUUUUUUCUGUGUCAUAGGUUUUCACUUGUUGGUGUUCUGAAUUUUUAAAUGAGGUUUUUCCCCUGUUGUGGGUUGUUUUUGUUUUUUUUCCCCCCUCCUGGUGCUAUUUAAAGCUGAACACGUUACCCACAUAUCAGGGCAAGGUGUUGCAUCCUGCUUUCAUUUAACUUAAAAUCCUAUAGCCAGUCCUUCCCCAGGUCCACAGGCUGCAUUGGGAGAGGGAACCUUGGGAGGUGUCACACUGCUGGUUGCAAUAAAGCCAAUUGUGGAAAGCAGUGCAGCACUCUGGGGGUGCUGCCUCCCCUCCUGCAUGCUGGGGAAGGAUCUGUCCUUCGUGGCUGCCUUGCUGGAACGAAACACCAGGGCUCUUAUCUGCAUCUUUGGGCCGAGCUUACAGACCACAUAAGAAAAUAUCUUCAAAAUAUAUAUUUAAAGAGAAAGAAAGAAAGAAAAGCACACAAUGUGAAGUUUGUUUGUGGAAGCCUCAGCCCCCUCACUGCCAUUCCCAAAGCCUUGGCCAUCCCCACUCAGUGGAUGUGAUCCAGGUCUCACUGCUGGUCCCUCCAUUGGCUCCCAGUGCUGAGCUCCAUGGGGAUGCUGUCGCCAUGCCCUGGUUUCUCCUUCCAGCAUUUAAACACGAAAAAAUCAAGCUGUGUAUACUCUGCCUAACGCUUGUGAGCAGUAAGACUUGGAAGAUGCAAUUUUCUAUUAUUUUUUAUUUAGUGUAGUGUGGCACAUAAGUAGCUGAAGGCGUGGAGUGCUCUGCUGCCGCCCCCCAGUCAAGGAAGGAGGAAAAUGGCAAUAAAAACCCCCUGCUCUCUGCUCUUUUAAACUUGAAUGAUUUGUUUCUGAAGUCACUGGAGUUAGCUGAGGCUGCAGGGACAGCAAACAGCCCUCAGACUGCAUUGUGACUCCGUGUCACUUCUCCCAUUCAGGUGUCGUUAAGCUGUCAGUAUUGAUCAGAGCCCACGCUGAGAACACUGGGGCUGCUGGAUGUUGCUGUGAGCCUCAUGGAUGGCUGAGCUGCAGCCUCCCCUCCGGCUGCUCCAGGGCUCCCUGCCCUCCUGGAGCAUCCUGUGCUGCCCAUUAGCUCACACCUUCCUACAUCCACCUGAGCAGCCCCCUGCAGCACAGCCCUUCCAUAACGCAGCAUCUCUGCUCCCUGUCCCUUUUCCAGGAGCUGAGUUCUUUGCUCCCGCCUUGUCAGCCAGGAGCUGGGUGCACAUUAAGAGAAUUUCAGAGCUUUACAGUGGCGAAUUGAGCACUUAGAGGCACUCAGCACUCACAAGAGUUGAGGGGAGCACCAUGCAAAGCUGGGCGACCUGCAGUCGUGAGAGGCGUUACCCAAGAGGCUGCACGAGUGUGCACGAGCACAGCUGCAAAUGCCAAUGCUAAGAGGUCACAGAAUAGAUAGCUAUUUUUUUGUUCCUAUUUUUUUUUUUUCUAUUUUUUUCCUGCAUUUUAGGUGGUUCUUUUCAAGCUGUUCAUCCUCACGCUUCCCCUCUUUUCACCUCUCUCUUUCCUCGAGCGCUUCAGACAAGACAGAGUUCCUCCCCAUGGUGAGAGCUCUUGCUGGGGUGGCUUUGGGCAGCAAAGUGCUGCUGGGCACCAGGCAGCUCCUGCCUGUGGGGUUGAAGGCAGCAGCAGGCAGCACUGCUCUGUGCA